UGGUGGGGCCUCGGGGCGGAGCGCCGAGUGAAGGGGCGCGCCAAGAAAUUCGCGGCUGCGGCUCAGGGCGCCAGCGGCCCAGUUCCGGGAACUUGCUGAGCGUGCUCUCGGAAGCCUACCCGGCUCGGUCCUUGACUGGCAGACAGAUGGUAGCCUAGAGGAGAGUUAGAGCUGUUCCCUGAUAACUCUGCUGCUAAACGUAGUCGAAGCAGUGACUUGGUUCCUUCAGCAACCCAGUGUUGACCUCCUGCCCGUGCCAAACCCCGAGUUUGCACCGUGGGGUUCUCUGAAGGUAGCAUGGAUCUGCCUGUGGAUGAGUGGAAAUCAUACCUGCUUCAGAAGUGGUCUUUACUCCCAGCAUCCAUCCAGGUCACAAUUUCUACAGCAGAGACUUUGAGUGAAAUCUUUCUUCACUCCUCUUCGCUUCUUCAACCUGAAGAUGAGAUGUUUUUAAAAAGACUUUCUAGAGGUUAUUUGGUGGGAAAGGACUCCGACGCACCCCUUUUCUACAGAGAAGAAGGAAACAAAAAAUUUCAGGAGAAGGAUUAUACUGGUGCUGCAGUGCUAUAUUCUAAGGGAAUAUCACAUUCAAAGCCUAACACCAGGAACAUUUCACUGUGUUAUGCUAAUCGUUCUGCAGCCCUCUUCCACUUGGGUCAGUAUGAGACGUGUCUUAAAGACAUCAUUAGAGCACAGAUGCACGGGUAUCCAGAAAGACUGCAACCCAAGAUAAUGUUUCGUAAGGCAGAAUGUUUAGUGACCCUGGGGAGACUACAGGAGGCAAGCCAGACCAUCAAUGAUCUUGAAAGUAACUUCGCUGCCAGACUAACCCUAGCAGAUUCCCCCUUUCAGAUUCUGCAGGGAAACCUUCGUCAUCUGAAAAUGAAGGUACAAGAAAAAAAUCUCACAGAAACCUUCCCAGAACCUCUGGCCAAAGCCUUUGAGGAUAUGGACCUAAAGGAAGAGAAUGAACAAAUUUCCAGUGUAUCAUCAUCUGUCAGAUUAUGCAUGGAUCCCUUAAAAGGCCGCUGUCUGAUUGCCACAAAAGAUAUUCUCCCAGGAGAGCUCCUGGUGAAGGAGGAUGCUUUUGUGAGUGUCCUUAACCCGGGAGAAAUGCCACCACUGCAUCAUGGCCUAGAUGGCAAGUGGGAUACCAGAGUUACCAGUGGGGACCUCUACUGUCACCAAUGUUUGAAGCACACUUUGGCCAUAAUUCCCUGUGAUGGAUGCAGCUAUGCCAAGUAUUGCAGCCAAGAGUGUAUGCAGCAGGCCUGGGAGCUCUACCAUAGCACAGAGUGUUCUCUAGGGGGCCUGCUUCUCACACUGGGUGUAUUUUGCCACGUUGCCCUGAGGUUGACUCUUUUAGCUAGAUUUGAGGAUGUUGGCAAAAUCAUAAGGACGCUUUAUGAUGAGAUUAAUAACAAAGACAUCUGUUUACCUAAAUGCAAGAAUCCAGUCAAGAUACUUAAUCAUAGCCUAGGGGAAAGUGAAGAAAAUGGCAAAAUGCUUGAGACCCCAGUUCCUGGAUGUGAUGUUAAUGGGAAGUAUGAAAAUAAUUAUAAUGCUGUCUUCCACCUUUUGCCCCAUACUGAAGACCAUAGCCCAGAGCAUAAAUUCCUCUGUGCUCUCAGUGUUUCUGCACUGUGCAGGCAGCUAGAAGCAGCCAGUGUACAGGCCCCUGCAACAGAUGUGAAAUCCUCUCAGCUAAAAGCAGCAGGGACUCCUGAGUUGUGUGCAGAUUUGAAUAUUUGGGGAGUGGCCAUGCUGCGACACAUGUUACAGCUGCAGUGUAAUGCUCAGGCGAUAACUACUAUACAGCAGACAGGAUCUAAAAAGAACAUCAUUACCGACAGCAGGCAGGUACGCCUCGCCACAGGCAUCUUCCCUGCUGUCAGCCUCUUAAACCACUCCUGCAGCCCCAACACCAGCGUGUCCUUCAUCAACACUGUUGCCACCAUCCGGGCAUCACAGCAGAUUGGAAAAGGGCAAGAGAUUCUCCACUGCUAUGGACCUCAUGAGAACCGGAUGGGUGUUGCCGAAAGGCAACAGAAGCUGAGGUCUCAGUAUUUUUUUGACUGCAACUGUCCAGCUUGUCAAACUGAGGCACACAGAAUGGCUACAGGGCCCAGGUGGGAAGCAUUCUCUUGUGACAGGUGUAGAGCCCUCAUGCAGGGAGAUGACGUGCUGAGCUGUGGCAACAGAUCUUGUGCAGAAUCCGUCGGCAGGGACCACCUAGUGUCUCGGUUACAGGACCUUCAGCAGCAGGUUGGAAUGGCCCGGAAGCUUCUCAGAAAUGGUAAACUAGAGCAAGCCAUUCAGCAGUUGCUGGAAUGCCAGCAUGAUGCUAAGAGCUUCCUGUCAACAGAACACUCCAUGGUGGGAGAAAUCGAGGAUGGCCUUGCCCAGGCCUAUGCUGCCUUAGGGAACUGGCAAAAGUCAGCUAUCCAUCUACAGAAGAGUCUCCAAGUGGUUGAGGUUCGCCAUGGGCCAUCCAGUGUUGAAAUGGGCCAUGAGCUCUUCAAACUGGCCCAGAUCUUUUUCAAUGGGUUUGCAGUACCUGAAGCUCUGAACACGAUACAAAAGGCAGAAGAGGUUCUGUUGGUGCACUAUGGCCCUUGCAGUGGUGAGAUCCAGGAGCUCCAAAAAAUGAAAUCCUGUUUGCUGGACCUGCCUCCCAUCCCUGCGGGGCCUUCAGUAUAGAGUCCCAAGGGAACUUUGACCCACAGGAAAACAUGUUAAAAAGGUUCUGUUGCUGCUGAGCUGUCUGCAGGAAAGACAGGACUUCCUUUGUGUGUGAGGGGUAGGGAGGACUUGGAGAGCCUUGAAGUUGGAGAGAAACACUCACCUAUUUUAACAAAUGUUUCUUGAACUAGUUAACUGUCCUCCAAUAAAAACUCCCACUUCCUGGAAAAAACUGGUAUCUGGAGAGUACAAAUCCUUUAAAAGGAUUUUAACCGAUCUGCAGGCAUCUGGAUGUAAGCCUGGGGUUUUGGCUGGAUUCCACUUCACUAAAUGAUGAUAGUCUGUUUCUGGAACUUUCCUAUGGUUUCUAGUAGUAAUGAAAUGUUGUGCACCACUCCAGUGGGAACUUAAACUCUUAGUAGUUGUAUUGUAAUUGAAAAAUAAUUAUAAAGCAAGAAAUCAGUAAGGCUGUUUACCUCUAGAGACACACAGUUUCACUUAUGGUAUCUACUUCCUCGAAUCCUGCAUUAAAAUUGCUGGAGUAUAAACUGUGAAUAGAGAAAUAAAUAUGGAGCCACUUUA